UUACAGUUACAGAAAACACAGUAUCUCCAGCUGGGACAGAGCCGAGGCCAGUACUAUGGAGGGUCCCUGCCCAAUGUGAAUCAGAUUGGGAGCAGCUCCAUGGACUUGCCCUUCCAGACUCCUUUUCAGUCAUCAGGCCUGGAUACCAGCCGGACAACUCGGCAUCAUGGUCUAGUGGACAGAGUGUAUCGGGACCGCAACCGCCUUGGGUCUCCUCACAGGCGCCCUUUGUCGGUGGAUAAACAUGGACGGCAGGUGGACAGCUGUCCAUAUGGGACCGUCUAUCUGUCACCUCCAUCAGAUACAAGCUGGAGAAGGACCAAUUCUGACUCUGCCCUCCACCAGAGCACCAUGACACCUGCUCAACCAGACUCCUUUGCAGGAGGCUCCCAAGACAUCCAGCAGAAAAGAGUCUUAUUGUUGACAGUCCCAGGAAUGGAGGAAACCACCUCUGAGACAGACAAAAACCUCUCAAAACAAGUGUGGGACUCUAAAAAGACAGGGUCAUCAAGACCUAAAUCCUGUGAAGUCCCAGGAAUCAACAUCUUCCCGUCCACUGACCAGGAAAACACUACAACCUUAAUUCCUGCCACCCAUAACACAGGGGGCUCCCUCCCUGACCUGACGAAUAUCCAUUUCCCUUCUCCUCUCCCAACCCCUCUGGAUCCGGAGGAGUCCACGUUUCCAGCCCUGAGCAGCUCCAACAGCACUGGCAACCUGGCAGCCAAUCUGACCCACCUGGGCAUCGGCACGACCAAUCAGGACACCUUCUAUUUUCUGUUCCUCGUUUUAUCAGCUCGAAUCUGCAGCAGCCUCCAGCAGUGCUCAUUCAGUGCCUUUGCCAGAGUGGCCAUUGCUGCGGGGGUUGUGGACACCGGUGAGGAGAAGCAGCCCUACUCUAGAUUCAGCUGUAAGGGCCCCUUUCAGCUGUGA